AUGAUAGCAGCAAAUCAUCAGCAGCAGUCGUGUGGAAAUUCUGCUGGCAAUCAUCACGGUGAAAUGAACGGAGUUUCAACUCAAUCAAACGUAAACGGCACAUCAGUCCAUCAAAGUCCCCAAGAACCUGGGGACCAGCAGGAGGCGCCUCAUCGCGACGAUUCGACGAAGACCCCCAGCCGAAUGGCGGGUACCCUGGUAAAGUCAGUCGGUACAGAGAAUUCCGUCAACGCCGUUGAGGAUCACGCUAUCGACGACGAGAGCGUCGACGACGAGGAGGAGGAGGAUGAGGAGGAUGAUGAUAUAGUUGGUAACGGUGGCGCAAGGGUAGUUGAUAGUGGUGGUAGUGGUGCUGGUGGUAUGGGAUCAAUGGGAUCAAUGGGUGGGGUAGGUGAGGACGAGAUGGGGGUGAUGGAAAUGAGUGGUGGGGGUGGUGGUGGUGUUGGGAUGGGUGGCAUGGGCGGCUACUGGAGGCACAGCAGACCCUCCAGUCCCCGCAUGCCGCCUCCUGAGCAGCCUGACCAGAGGCCCAAGAGCCGACACGAUAGCCUCUCCAAUACAACAACGAGGUACAACAAUCUUGGAUACUGGAGGGCCCGACGUGUCACAUUCUACAAGAAUGGUGAUCCCUAUUUUCCAGGUGUUGAAUUCAGGUUUAAACCUGGACGUGACAUUGGCUCACUCGAGGCCCUCCUUGAUCGACUCUCCCUACGUCUCGAUCUGCCCAGGGGUGCCAGGCAUAUUUUCUCCAUGGACGGCGACAGAAAGCUCAAUCUCGAUGAACUCGAGGACGGGGCAUCCUACGUGGUCUCCAGUUACAAGACAUUCAAGCCGGCGAGCUACGGUAAGAAGAGUAAUACCUGGUACACAACCCCAGGAGGUGGUGGUGGAGCUGGAAGCAGAGGUGGAGGAGGUGGAGGAGGUGGAGGAGGUGGUGGGUGGCAGAGCAGACCAUCAGCGGUGGCGAGUCUCAGCAGGAAGGCUUCAAUCACUGACGAGGCACCACCACCAGGUGGUGGUAAACCCUCCUCUGGUCGGGUCAUCAGGAUCGUCAACAACCUAGAUCACACUGUCCAAUGUCGUGUACUCCUCAAUCUGCGCACAUCGCAGCCCUUUGAGGAAGUACUUGAAGACCUGGGGCAGGUGUUGAAGAUGAACGGGGCCAAGAGAAUGUUUACAGUAUCGGGGCAAGAGGUGCGAAGUUUCUCGCAAUUGAGAAAUGACUUUGCCGAUGUGGAUACGUUUUAUUUGGGUACUGGAUCAUCCAUGGGGAUUGGGGGUAGUUCGAUGACUGCCUCGUCACCAGCAAGGAGAUCUAGGUCUAGGGGACCAUCGACUGUUUCAUUGACUGGACCUGUGGAGGACAUUGGAAGACAGAGAAGGGCACGCAGCAAGAGCAGACCAAGAGCUCUCUAUGCACCGGACUCCGAGGUCGUACGAGUUAAUGAUUACAGUGUAGUCGAAGUACUACGCGAAGAGCCUGCCAAAGUGACAAUUCGUGGCCUCAGACGCUCGUUCUAUCCUCCGUCACACCUUCCCCUGGUUGACAAUUCACCGCCUGAAAAGAAACUUCAACUCGAAUGGGUCUACGGAUACCGUGGGACUGACACAAGACGAAACCUCUGGGUUCUUCCCAGUGGAGAAUUGCUGUAUUACGUAGCUGCAGUUGCUGUUCUCUUCGAUCGAGAGGAGAACUCGCAGCGUCACUACGUCGGCCAUACGGAGGACAUCACCUGCAUGGAGGUUCACCCCAGCAGGGAAUUAGUGGCAUCCGGACAGAAAGCUGGGAGACACAGAAAAGCUCAACCACACGUUCGCAUUUGGUCGACAGAAACUCUCUUGACACUCUACGUUUUUGGAAUGACAGAGUUUCAGAUGGGCGUGUCAGCUCUAGCUUUUUCACAACUAAAUGGAGGUAGUUAUGUCCUCGUAGUAGAUGCAGGAAGGGAAGCCAUUCUGUCAGUUUGGCAGUGGCAGUGGGGCCAUUUACUUGGCAAAGUGGCGACACUUCAAGAAGACUUGACCGGUGCAGCAUUCCACCCUCUCGACGAUAAUCUCCUCAUAACUCAUGGUCGUGGCCACUUGACAUUUUGGAAUCGUCGCAAGGAUGGGUUUUUCGAGCGGACCGAUAUAAUUAAACCACCAUCGAGGACGCACGUAACGAGUAUUCAAUUCGAGCAAGACGGUGACGUCGUGACUGCGGAUUCCGACGGAUUCAUCACAGUUUAUUCAGUCGACGCAGAUGGUGCAUAUUUCGUUCGCAUGGAGUUCGAGGCUCAUAAUAAAGGCAUCAGUUCUUUGGUGAUGCUUUCAGAAGGGACAUUACUCUCGGGUGGAGAGAAGGACAGGAAAAUAGCUGCUUGGGACUCACUGCAAAACUACAAGAGAAUUACUGAUACUAAGUUACCAGAAGCAGCUGGUGGUGUGCGCAGUAUUUAUCCCCAAAGGCCGGGUAGAAAUGAUGGGAACAUCUACGUCGGGACAACUCGAAAUAACAUCCUCGAGGGCUCAUUGCAACGUAGAUUUAAUCAAGUUGUGUUUGGCCAUGGCAGACAGUUAUGGGGACUAGCUGUACAUCCGGACGACGAGGUAUUUGCCACUGCAGGACACGAUAAAAAUAUUGCCCUCUGGAGGCGGCACAAAUUGUUGUGGACGACGCAGGUGGGCUUCGAGUGCAUUUGCAUCGCCUUUCAUCCCUUUGGGGUGGCUCUGGCUGCAGGCUCGUCGGAAGGGCAUCUUCUUGUUCUUGCAGCUGAUACUGGAGCCGCGGUGGCCACCCUCAGGGUUUGUGGAUCACCCUUGUCUUGUAUUGGAUAUAAUCCCACUGGAGAAAUCAUAGCUAUGGGAUCGCAGAAUGGAAGUAUUUAUCUGUUUCGAGUGUCGAGGGAUGGAUUUUCCUACAAGAAGAGCAAUAAAAUCCGAGGUACUCAGCCAUUGGUGCAACUCGACUGGAGCUCAGACAGCAGAUUCCUCCAGACAGUCACUCAAGAUUACGAUCUUGUAUUUUGGGAUGUAAAGGCCCUCCAGUCAGAAAAGAGUCCGAUAGUGAUGAAGGACGUUAAAUGGCACACCCAUAACUGCACCGUGGGGUAUACCGUUUCGGGUAUGUGGAAUAAUCGUUAUUAUCCAUUGACAACGGUGCUGACAACAGCGAGUCGUUCAGCAGCUCAUGAUAUGCUCAUAAGUGGUGAUGCAGAGGGAUAUCUGCGACUUUUCAGAUAUCCUUGUACCAGUGCUAAAGCUGAAUACGUUGAGGAAAAAGUUUACAGCUCGCUGGUUGCAUGCGCACGUUUUCUCUACAACGAUCAAAACGUUGUGACGGUUGGCGGUACCGAUGCCGCACUCAUGCUGUGGGAAUUGGUUGAUGAAUAAUUAAUUGAAUGAGUAAAAACCAGUGGACAUUGAACAUCGAAUCGAACAGGUAAAAAAUCCGGCGUCGACCGUUCAUAGAGCAACUGCCGUUUUAUCUUAUUCAUUUGUUGGAUAAUAUUUUUCGGCGUUUAUUCUGUUGAUUAGUUCAUGUUAUCACUCGUGAUUCACAAUUCUGCCGUACAAAUGGAUUCACCUGAAUUCAAUCUCCUACAAUGGAAUGUAACAAUUUUUUUAUUGACUUAAUGGGAAUUAAGAAAUUUACUGCUCGUGGAGAAAAUUUUGUCGAAACACUUAGAAUUUAAUGGGUUCGUUAGGAUUUUAAAAUGAGGGGCAUGAGAUACAUGAUUUUUUUUUUCGUUGAUGCAGCAGAAUUUCUGAUAUUUGAAUCUGUAAUUAUUUUACAAAUUCAAAUCGCUGCAUCAACAGAAAAAAAAAGAAAAAACAGAUGUUCAACGACGCACAUUGCGAUAUUAAUCAUGAACGAUAACAAUCAUGCUACGCAAAGUUUAACGUCAAUAGUUUAAUAUACAUAAUAUUAUAGCGUAGAUAUUGAACACAGAUAGCGUGGAAUAUCCAAAGUUAACGAGUAAAAAAUAGGAGCGCGGGCGCUCCGUUUCUAGUCAACUGAUAAUUGAUCGAAAUUAGCUUCGAGAGAAGAAAAUGAAACAACAAAAAUCAGCACCUCAUUAAUCUUCAGCAUGUGCACAACUCAGGGGCACUGUCGCCAAUAAAAUGCCCCGAUCUCAUAUCAAGUAGUUAAAUUCGCAUUUCAAUCGAUCAAUCGCAUCUUCUAUUGGUGAUAAUCAAGGGAAGAUGAUUCUCAGCACAUUUUAAAGCGAGUGUUCCAUUAUCCCUCUUCCCUGUGAUACUCCCACAAUUUUCGAGACAUCGGUCAAGAUUCUCGGAACUUUGGGAUAUCAAUGACAUUAAUUAGAGUUUGACAGCACCCUGGUACCGUCGAAAGCAAAUGCGGUCGCUGGACGACAUGCGAAAUAUGUUAUUUAAUAUAAAUAUUUCACUACUUUGUUCGCAUACAGAUAUUUACGUACAACUUCGUGUAUUGAAAAUACAAAAGUAUAUUUAUAGGUGAGUAGAAUUGGAAACGAUGAGUGGGCAUUUUUGAUUUUGAAACGAUGGAAUUUUUGUCCGGCAAUUCUCUGGAGCAAGUAUGUAAUUACCCUGGCGCUCUAAUUAAUAAAGGAAA